AUGAUAAAAUCUUAUGAACAUAUUAACGGUCUUCCAAAUGGCAAUGAAAUGAUUUAUGAUUUUAGUGUGGAGGGUCAAUUCACAGGCUACUCUGGAAAAUUCACCGACAGUUUCAUGAUAAAUCACGUGUUAACGAUUAGUGAACUUUUAAUGGUUGCAGAUGUUUCCGUUACAAUAAAAGAUGGUAUUAGGUUUGAAAAGAGAAAUAAACCCAAAGUUAAUAUAAAUUCCGAGCCUACUCAUCUAAAACAUCUUGAUCGUAUCGAUCAAAAAAACUUUCCACUAGACGGAAAAUAUUCAUACCCCUCUAGCUCUGGCAAAGGAGUGAAUGUUUACAUAAUUGACACAGCUAAAUUCAAUGCUGUUUUUUGUGAUGGGUGUCCAUUAUUAGAUGAUCAUGGUCAUGGUACAAUGAUUGCCGGUAUUAUUGGUGGCCAUUUCUAUGGUGUCGCAAAAAAAACAAAUUUAAUUGGUGUCAAAGUAUUAAAUGCUACAGGUUCUGGCACAGCGGUAGACUUUCUUAACGCACUUAGCUAUGUUAUUCAUCAACAUGUAAAGUCCGAGAAUAAGAAAACGGUGAUCAACUUGUCCUUUGGUUUUGAAAGUAAAAUGGAAGCCGUUAAUAUGUUGGUUGAAAAGGCCAUAGGUCUUGGUAUAAACAUUGUUGUAGCUGCUGGAAAUGAAGCAAAUGAUGCUUGUGGUUCAUCUCCACCCUUGGUUCCAGAUGCCAUAACCGUUGGCGCCACUGAACUUAUAAAUAAUCACAUUGCAAAUUUUUCUGAUUUUGGUCCUUGUGUUGAUAUAUUUGCUCCUGGAGUAGAUAUAGAAUCAACUGGACCAGAUUCUCCGGUAGAUACUCUAAUUAAAAGUGGAACAAGUUUUUCUGCCCCAAUUGUUACUGGUGCCGUUGCUUUGUUACUCGGUGAGAAAUAUUUGUCUACUGAUGAAGUAACCAAAGAACUUAUUAAAAUUUCUACGAAAAAUGUUGUCAAAGGUCUUGAAAAUUUACCAGAAACUCCCAAUAGAUUUUUACGCGUUCCCUAUCCCUGA